AUGGCAGCCCAGACGUUCUCCGCCGACCCAACAUGGCCGCCUGAGGGACGACAACUGCGGCGGCAGCUCCGAAGCCGAAAGGUUGCCGCGCGGGGCCUCCCCUCCGUUUGUUUCCGACGCCGUCCUCCUUCCCGUUUGCCAAAUCCAAGGCGGCCCUCUUUGUUUCCGAAAGCCAACCGACGUGGCCUCCUCGGGGGCGGCUCCUUCCCGCCGUUCAAGAUGGCUGCCCGGGAAACGACGCCUCCGCCACCUCGUUUUCUAAAAAAAAAUCAAGCGCGGCCUCCGUCCGCCGGCUUCGCAGGCCGGCGCAACCCCGACUCAGAGGAUUUAUUCUUGCUAUGA